AUGCUGUCUGCGGCCAUCCGGGCCGGCGCCCGACGAGUCGCUCCCAGGGCUGUCUCGCGUGCCGUUGCUCCGAUCACGGCGACCACCACCACCACCACCAAGGCCUUCUCGACGUCCGCCCGAGUCCUGUCGGCUUCUCUGCCCAACCGCGACCGCCUCCGCGAGAUCAUCACGCAAACCGUCAGCAGCAUCGGCAGCAAGCGCGAGAGCCAGCAGUGGCUCAAGCUCUUCACCUCGGUCGAGUCCCAGAAGUUCGCCGUCAUCAAGGUCGGCGGCGCCAUCCUCGAGCCCGAGUUCCUCGACGACCUGUGCCGCAGUCUCCUCUUCCUCUACGAGCUUGGCCUAUACCCGGUGGUGGUCCACGGUGCAGGCCCCCAGCUGAACAAGCUGCUUGAGGAUGCUGGCGUUGAGCCGCAGUUCGAGGAGGGCAUCCGGGUGACCGAUGCCAAGACCCUGGGCAUUGCCCGCAAGCUCUUCCUCGAGGAGAACCUGCGAUUCACCAACCGCCUCGACGAGCUCGGCGUUGCUACCCGUACCAUCAGCGGCGCCUUUGUUGCCGACUAUCUCGACAAGGACAAGUGGAAGUAUGUUGGCAAGAUCACCAGAGUGAACAAGGAUGCCAUUGAGAAGUCUAUCGAGGCAGGCUACAUCCCUAUCCUCACCUCGAUGGCUGAGAGCGAGGACGGGCACCUCCUCAACGUCAACGCCGAUGUUGCUGCUUCGGCCCUCGCACAGGCCUUGGAGCCCCUAAAAGUGGUGUAUCUGGCAGAGAAAGGUGGACUGUUUGACGGCGAUGGUGAGAAGAUCUCACAGAUCAACCUUGAUGAAGAGUUUGAUGGUCUUAUGGCCCAGCCUUGGGUACGGUACGGGACGCGACUGAAGAUCAAGGAGAUUCGCAAUCUAUUACUAUCACUGCCCCGCACCUCGAGCGUGGCGAUUAUCCAUCCCAGCGACCUCCAGAAGGAACUGUUCACCGACGUCGGUGGCGGCACCCUGAUCAGGCGAGGCAGCCGUCUAUCCCAAGCCAAGUCGAUCUCGGACUUCCCCGAUGUCGGGAAGCUGAAGGAAGCGCUCCUUCGUGGAAAGGCCACUCUGGAUGCAGAGGCCGCAGUGGACCGUUUCAUCGACCUCCUCAAGGAGAAGCCGUUCACUGCCUACUAUGACGAUGCCAUGCAGUGCCUGGCCAUCGUCAUGCCCAAGAGCGAGGAUCGAGCUGUGGCCACGCUCAUCACCCUGUCUAUUACCAAGACUGGCUGGCUGAGCAACAUCGCGGAGAAUGUAUUCACCGUGAUCAAGAGGGAUCACCCUACCCUCGUCUGGAGUGUCAGCGAGGAGGACGAGAACCUGACCUGGUUCUUCGAGAAGGCGGACGGCAGUUUCAACAAGAAUGGCAACGUGCUCUUUUACUACGGCCUGGAUCUGCGUUCCGACGCUCUCGUCCCUGCAUACAACGACUUUGUCGCUCACGGCCGAACUGUGGUUGGUGAUGCCGACCUCGAGGCGCGCCUUCGCUAG